CAGUCGGUCAACCUCAACCUUAACCUUCACUCCAGAUUCUUCUUACACCAAACAACCUAACGGUCGGAUCUGGUUACCAUAUACCAUUGGUCGCUUCGAAGACAUCCUGAGGGACAUUCUUGAUUCAAUCACAAUCGGAAUUCUACGAACGAACAUACCAUCGCUCUAUAGCUAUCGUCAUCCAGCUACUCCUCGUCUCACUUCCCGUUCAUUACGUCGUCAACCAUCAAAGGGAAGGUUGUGACACGCUGCGGAUUACUACACUCUCGUACAUCUCCGACUACCAAUUGUCCUCGAUAUUUUUCGACGCCAAAUAAACAAAUCCCAGACUCCUACCCGUUACCUGAGCAUAACAACAAAGAGCCCCUUACUUCGGUCACCAUGUCUGGACCACGCUCACUGCUCGACAUGGCUCUCAAGCUAGCCAUCGAUAAUGUCCAGGACAUCACUUGCCUGGACGACGUGCCACCAAAAAUCGCUAGCCAGAUCCUCAAAGCCGUCAGAACACCAGAACACCUCCGCACGAUUGAGCUCCAUAGCGGCGACGAGAUCUGCGAGCUGACCGCUGAACACUGGCGCCGCUUCAUCCAACGCAAGUACGGACUUCUCCACAACAAGCACCGCUGGGAACCAAGCAAUCCGAAAUCAUGGCACAAAGUCUACGAGAAGUACGGCAAACUUCAAAAGGAGUCAGACGAAGCAGCCACCGAGGCUCUCAGGGCGACGAUGGCCGCGGCCAACAGCCAAAAAUCAUCACGCACAACCACCAUUGUCUCUGCCCAAGUCGCUCGCAAGCUGCCGGCCCCCAAGGCCCGUUCUUUCGGACCUGGCUUCCGUGGAUUCAGCACCUCCUCAGAUCCGCCCAUGAAAAGAGCAACCUUCCUGCAAAAGGCCACCAGGGAGGCGAAGCAGGACGCACACCGCCGCAAACUCGCCAAGCCUUCCGUCAUGCUGAUGGCCAGGAAGACGGAACUCACCCGGGCUCCUGAAAGAAUGAUUCAAGAGAAGCGUAUCCAAAACCAAUUCGACGUCGAUUCCGCCCCGAUCAUCGAGGGCCCUCGGAUCAGACCCGCAACAAGCUCACGACAACAGAAGGACCGAGAAGCUCGCCUUCUGCUGAUCAAGAACGGAGGAGGAAAAAGUGGCAGCUCCGGAAUGGCUCCCAAUGUGCUGAGCUUUGACGACGACGAGGACGACCACCAUUACGACAACGACCACAGCAACAACAGAGGUGCUUCGGGCGGUGACAUAGACGAUCUUUUCGGCGAUAUGGACGACGAAGACGCUGGCAGCCCCCCUCCCAAGAGCGCCUCACCCCCUUCCAAACCGAAGCGCGGCCUUCUUUCCGCUAGUCCUGGUGCCAACUCCCGACCACGAGCCGCUGCUGCCAGUGCUAGACCGACCUCUACGAGUGGCUCGCCGCCCUCUGCAAAGCCACAGACCACCACCACCACCAGUCGACCUUCAGCUUCGACAUCACAUGCUGGCAGCUCAACUAAUCCCGGACGCCCUCAGCCUGCGGCAUCAUCGUCUUCAGGUAGCCGACCUGGAAGCCCGCCUGGGGCUAAGCGCAAGCAGGUGGACAUCUUCAUGAAGCCUGCCAAGAAAGUUCGUCGAAUUUGAGAGGAGGAUUUCAAAGGAACAGGGUUGUGGUUAGGAAUCAAGGAUCCUCGUGUGGUCUUGGGGGGAAGACUCGAGUAGGACUGUUAUGGCUGGGAAUCAAGGAUCCUCGUGUGGUCCUGGGGGAAAUACUCGAGCAAGACUGUUAUGGCUGGGAAUAAAGGAU